AUGUCUGUAAACUAAAUAAUCGAAUAAGUACUUGUGAGUAUGUUGGAUUUUGAGAACACAGACUUCAAGUUAUCUAAGAAAUCUCAGAUACUGGAAUUGAUUGAGAGAGAUGAACUAUUAGUUAUGGAAAGACAAUGGCCUGCAAAACGAUUAAAUAUGGUGGAAUUCAUAAAAUUGAUGAUUCCUAUAGUGCAUCAUAAAUAGAGUGAACUGUUAUAUUUGGUGAUGGGAUUGAUUGAAUUAUAUAAAGAUGUUGUAUCAAUAAGUUAAUAGAAUGAACUCAGCUUGUAAGAUGUUACAAGUUAUGUAUGUUAAGUAGAUACUAGUGAAAAUACUAUGGUGCCAUAACGUUUAAUAUCAGAUCCGAAGAAGUUCAACUUGAACAAAACAAGAAUCAGAGAAAUAGAUGUGGAAUCAGCCAAAAUUAUUGGUAGCAAUGAUAAUGAGAUAUUUCAUAUAGUUCCAAAUUAAUUGUAAAAUGACUCAAUCAGACAUCAUAAUGGUAUUGUUCAUACAGGUGUAUAUUGCAGCAAACAAAUUAUAACACUGGAUAGUUUGGAUUCAAAGAUUAAUAUCUAUCAUGUUGAUGGUUCAUUGAAACAAAUGGUCAAGAUAUCUCAACAUGAAGAUAAAGAAACCAUCAUUUUGAGUUUCGCUUGGUCUGACAGAUAACAGAGAAUUGGCUUGACUCUAAAAUCACAUUCCAUCUGCAUGUAUGAGGGUGACUUUAAAAAAUAUCGUAUAUUCUCAACUGUUUUGGCCUCAUAGGAAUAUCAAACCAACAUUUGGUUUCUAGAGAACCAGAAUUAAUGGGUUACUACAGAUAGCACUUUUAAAUUAUACUUUUGGGAUCUAUUGAAUGAGUCAGCUAGUCUAAUCUUUCAGAAUAAAUGCAUCUAGGGAAAUAUCAUUGAAUGUGUAGAAGUAGUUCAUAUGAAAAUGAUAGCGACUGCCUCCUUAGACAAGUAAGUGGCCUUAUGGGAUAUCUAGAAUGGAGAAAUUAAAAUUACAUUGUCACUCAAAGAAUAUGGGGGUAUUCAUAGUUUAGUCUAUUCUUAUUACUACUAAGUCUUCAUUACAUGUGGAUAUUCUACGUAUAUAAAUGUAUAUGACAUCAAUCCUAAAUAUCAUGAUGUAACUCAGAUAGGUAAAAUGACAGGACACACUUCCAUGUUAACAUCUAUUCUCAUGGUUGGAAAGUUACCUGUGUUGGUCUCUGGUGAUGAUAGUGGAUCCUUAAGAUUAUGGGAUAUUAGAACAUUUUCUUGUCUUCAAUCCCUUAAUUUUGGAAAGAAAACUCAAAUCACUAAACUACUAGAUAUGUCUGAUAUUAAUAUGUUAUGUUUUCUUGGAUCAAGAGUGAACAUUCUAAAAUUAGAUAUUAAACAUAAUGAAGAAAUUGAAAAUUAUGCAAUUAAAGUUGAAUUUGAUCAAUAAAGAGAUGAAUUAAUUGUGGCAACUAAAAAAUAAAUAAUAUUCCUUGACAUUUUUACUGGCAAAAUUAAAACUAUAUUGAAUGGGCUACUAUCAGAAUUCGAAGAUGACAUCACUUAAUUUAGACCUCUCAAUUAUUUCAAUAAAUUCAUUUUGGCAGAUUCUAAAGGUAACGCUAAGAUUUAUUAUCAUAAUGGAGAAUACAUUUCAUCAUUGAAAGGUCAUUCAGACAUUAAUGUAUUAAAAUUAGACAUUUUAAACAAACUAAUUAUUACAGCAAAUUAAGAUUGCAUUCUUAUUCAAAAAAUGAAUGGGGAAAUUCUGAGAGAAAUUACUCAUUUCGAGGCUUCCCAAUUAGAAUUAUCUGUUCAUCAUUCUCUCAUUCUAUUAUCCUAAGGCUCUAAACUAUAUUAUAUAGAUUAUGAAUUUGUUAAAUGUCUCGGAGUUCUGGAAUUUGAUGCAGAAAUUACCAACAUUAUUAUCAUAGCUAAUUAUCCCUUAUUGGCUGUCUCUACCAUACAAGGAAAAGUAAUAUUUAUUAAAUUCAAUAUCAAAGAGCACAUUUAAGUUGAUUCAGAACUCUAUGAUCUCUAUGAUGUGGGUUCAAAUAACUAUAUUACUGAAGAUACAGAAUAGGAAUUUGUGACCAAGAUGCUAUUCAAUUUGAAAGAACUAGAGCUAUUGUUUGCAACUUCGGAAAGCAAUAUCAUCAGAAUAUCUUUAAAUUUAGAUGAUUUAGCAACUACAGAGCCAAUCCAUGAGAGAAUCAAUUAUAAUCCUCUCAGAAAAGCUAGAGAGUAACUGUUGUUUAGUGAACCUUAAAAAAUUUCCAUUCCUCAAAACUUUACAAGCAUUAAAAAUUUACAUAUGUUUAAAGUCUCAAAAAAACAGAUAAUUUCUCUUAACUUCCUAGAAUUAGACAAUCGCUAUAUUUUAAUCUCUACUAUUGAUGGAUAAAUUUCAAUUUUCGAUCUGAUUGGAAACUUAAUUGCUUUAUAUAAUAUUAAUCAUCCUUUGCCUAUCAAAUGGAACAUCUAGUAUUCAAAAUAAGGAGAACUAAGAAAAAGAAUCAUUUAUGGUUUUAAAGUCAUCGACAUUUUAAGAAAGUAAUCUAAAUCCGAAAAGGAAGCUGAAUAAUACAAUUUAGUUGAAUCUCUGGCAGUCACUGGUAGGAUUCCAUUAAAAUCACCCAGAUAAUAUAUAACGACUGUCAUGAGAGAUGAAUUCAGUCCUAGAGAUCUUAAAUUCAAUAAAAUUAGACAUCUCUAUUAAGCGGAAGUGUAAGGCCCAACUCUUAAAUAGCUUGAGGCUUAGAGAAGACUAGUAGAAGUUUAGAAUAUGUUUAAAGAUGAUUCUAAAGAUCCAAAGCUAGAUCUUAUGCUCAAAUAAAAAGAGAGGGAAAGAUAAAAGGUAAUUGAUAGAGCAAGCAAUUUAAAUUUCUUAGAUCCUGAAUUUAGAGACAAAUCUUUAUUAAAUACUAAAUUCUUCUAAAAUAAUUAAUAUCUUACUAAUCUAAAUUUAAGACUAGAAAAUACAGAAAGAUAAGAUUAUUCUUAACACACUAACAAGGAAAUCAAUAAUAAUAAUACUAAUAAUAAAUAAAACAUAUCUCUUCCUAUCAAUAAUCGACAUCAUAAAUCUAUCACUAAAAAGAAAUCAGUAUCUGAUUUUUAUCAAUAUGCUGUCGAAAAAAACCUAUUUAAUAACGAUCAAAACACUAUAGAUACAUUUGCAUCGCAAAGUAGUUUGAGACCUAUUCAAAUUAGCACUAAUCGAUAAAUGAAAUCCAUUGGAUCUUCCUUAAUAUCAAGUGACUUAACUUGGCAUGGAUAACAUCGAUAACAGCAAAAAGAUUUAUCUACAGUGCUUCAUAACUUAAAUCAAAAACUAAGACUUAGCAAAAACUCUUAAAUUAAUGAACCCAUCUUAAAGGAUAUCUCCAAGUCAGACAUUACAUUUGAGGAAUAAAUCGACGAUUUUACAAAGCGACACAAACUUAAAUGA